CGGCUUCAGCCGGAAGUGUUCGGGUGUUGUCGGAACUCAGCCGGUGUGCCAGAGGGCAGAGCGAGCGCGGCGGCUCUCGGCGCUCCACACCAGCGCCAUUCAUCUGAGCGGACCGCGGGCACACCUGGGUGGACCGAGGAGAGCAGUUUGGCGACGGAAACGGCUCCACACAGCACUCGUGUUAAUCACUUGAGGAAUGCGGUGCCAUUAGGGACGGGAGCCGAGAGCUGAAAGUUCACAUCAACUUCAAACUGCACGUUAAUUCCCACCAACUUGAGGAACUUGUCUAAACUGAAGGGAUUAUGGCCACGGGCGGAUUUAAAUCAAACGCCACGACGGACUUUUUGGAGGAAUGGAAGGCAAAACGAGAGAAAAUGAGAGCUAAAUUGCUGGGGGACAUUGCCGCAGCCACCGGUGCUCCGUUGGGUGCCAGCAACGCAAACAGCACCGGCAGCCGCCACGCCGCCCCGCCGGCCGCCGAGCUCACCAACAACGGCAACCCGGACAGGAGCGCCUCCACGGCCAACUGCCACCCUUCCGCCUACUCUGUGGCUCGGUCCUCCUCCGGCUCGGCUCUGAAGAGACCCGAGGAGGAGGCGCACCACGCUGCCCACCCUGCUGCACCCGCGGCCGCCCCGGCGAGCAGCCUGAAGAAAGCCCCGCCUCAGCCGGAGAAGGCUCCGUGCGCUUCCCCGGACUCCAGCCCCAUGGCGUGCAACGACAGCGACAAGGAAAGUCCAUCACCCAGCAAGGUCAAGGAGAAGAACAGCAGCGGUCCCAGCGCCAGGAAGGGCAAAGGACAGAUUGAGAAGAGGAAGCUGAGGGAAAAGAGGAGAUCAACAGGUGUUGUCAGCAUACCAUCCAAUGAGAGCCUGGAUGAGCUGGACGAUGACGACGCAGGGGAGAAGGACCGGAGGGAGGAGGAGGAGCUGGUUCAGGCCAACACUUUUCAGAAUGAGACCAUGACGGCUGACCCCGCCACCGGGCACUUAAUGGAUACCCCCAGAGCCGGGAGCGGCCGCCACAAGAGCUCUGCAGGGCCGGGAUCUGAGGAGGAGGUGGGAGGGAACAGCAGACAGCGGCACAACCGUCACGGCAGGGACGGAGGAGCUGCAGCAGCAGGAAGUCUGGAGAAAAGGCUGGAGGAGCUGGAGAAGGAGCUGGCCAGAGAGCGCCAGGAGAACGCCAGGCUGUUCAAGGCCCACCAGGACAAGGACGACCUCAUCGGGAAGCUGAAGGAGGAAAUCGACCUGCUGAACAGAGACCUGGACGACAUUGAAGAUGAAAACGAGCAACUCAAACAGGAGAACAAGACUCUUCUGAAAGUGGUGGGCCAGCUGACGAGGUAGAACCGAACAGCCCGCCCACCCUAACCCCCCCGAAACGAAUGGAGCAUCUCUAUUAUCUCCUUUCUCCUGACCUCCUGCCUUGGUUCAAGUCCAGCAGCAUGGCCUGUUUUCUCUUUGAUUCUGUCUGUUAGAGGUGAAACUGUAGUCGUCGUCAGCCUCGCAGCCUUAAUUAUAUCCCCCGCCUGAGGAGGAAUUAUUCCAUUUGUUGUGAAAACUGAGCGAACUAGAGGCUAAAGUUCUCUUGUCCUGACAAUCUCAUGAGGAUUGUGUGUCAUCGUAUACAUAUUUAAUGUAAAUUUAUUGUAUAUACGCCAUUUAGAUUGUUUUGGGUUUUUUUUGAUGAGGUCUCAAAAAGCAAAAGUAAAAUGAAUGUAUGUGCUGCACAAAUAAGCGCACACAAAGUCUUUUAAAACUUCUUUUAAAAGUCUCGAGGUUAAAGAAAGUCACGGCAGCCACGCACGUCAAUUUGAAAAGCUCUGCAGUGUUUGAAUUUUGUCCGAGUGCGUUUUCAUCAGUGAACUCGUAGCGAUGGGGCUUCUGGCGAUGAACUUCUGGACCAAAUUCUGCACAGUUGCUGACACCAUCAGCCAAAGUGGGCUCAAAGCUUAACGCACGUGAGAUUGUCAAGUCUUACAAAACAAAACAGUCAAAACCUGGAGCUCUGGAACAUUCGUGCCAUAUUUACCUUCGUCCAGUAAUUUCCUGGUACAUUUGAAUCCCAGUAGGGCAUCUACAAACCCGAAUGAAGAAAACUCGACUCUCUGUAGAAUCUAACACAAGCAAGGCUUUAUACCAAUUAUAUGCUUAAUGCAUUUCAACGUUAACAUCUGAGUAUUAUGCUUGUCCUCGAUGAAACGUUUCAGGGUCAAACCCUUGUGCCUAGUAUAUAUGUGGAAUCCUUUUUUUUAAAAAAAAGCAUUUUGUUCCCUGUAUUUUGUUUACAAGUCUUUGCAGUGUUUGAAAGACGAUUAGCUUCUCUGUUAGUGGCGUGGAAGAUGUGAGGAGUGAGCUACAGUGCGUUGUUUUGUAUGAUAACCAAACGAACUGAAGGAACGUACUAUUUGAUAAUACAUCUCUUGUGUUUACUCGAGGGAACAGGCUUGGCUGGUAGUGGCGUUUUACUCUCUGUAUUCGUUUUAUUCUGCUGAGGAGCUGCUCCGUGAGUGUUGCAAUUAAUCAAUAGGCUUUACGCCGUCGAUAGAUAACUCUGCUUUCACACACAUUCGCAUAUUUUGGGGGUAAAGACCAUCCACUCGCAGACAGACAUCACAGACCCGUUUCUCUCCCCAUUACAUUAUGCAUGUACAGAAGAUUAAGACAUUUAAUAAAAGUUUGAUUAUCUCUCUCCUCA